ACAGGCGAGAUAUUGGUUUUUAGAAGAAAGCAGCCAUGUUUUUCUAAUCCUGGACAAUCCCUUUAAGGGCUUGUACAGGUUCCAUGUAGAUUAACGGAAAUGCCCAUAUCUAUCUCCACAGAAGUAUCCGGUCUUGGAUCUGACAUGAACAAGUUUGUGCUCUUUAUCUUGGUCUGGACAUGUUACCUCCAGUGCAGGACGAUCCGUGGUGGCACCGGCGCCCCCGUUCGUCAGAAACGUGGUGUGUUGGAUCUGCUGGUCACCCUGUGGUGCUACAGAAGCAGGCUCAAAGUGCCCCUGCUAGGCAUCAACCUGUACGGUUGCUACUGCGGCACGGGAGGGACGGGAGCGGCCGUCGACGACGUGGACAGAUGUUGUCUUCUCCAUGACUGCUGCUACCGCUAUUCCAGGCUGGACCUGCAGUGCCACAGUAAGGUAAAGUGGCAAUUCUAUAAUUUUUCGUGUGGCGAGACCCAGACGCAAUGCCAUUCCUCCACCGUGUGCGGCCGGAUGGCCUGCGAGUGCGACAAGCAGUUUGCGGAAUGUCUGACCGAGGCGAAGCCCAAGAGGAAGCAUUUCUUCUAUAACAAGAAGGACAUGUGUGUUGGUCCUCAUGACGCCUGCCCAGAACUUCACCCAAACCUCACGGCUAUACUACAGCAGACCCAGAACCUGACCGACCCAGACGGCAGCACCGCCAAGAGCAGGAAGAAGAGAUGGAGAAGAAGACAGAAGUCCGAAAAGGGUGAAGAGUGGCAAGGCGUCGACGCGUCUCCUCUGUGGAUAUAAUACCGGAAGGACUCGGUGCAUUAAAUUAAUAAUGUGCAUGAAGUUUUUAGAUGUUAAAGUGUUUUUCCAGGACUUCGAUAUUGAUGACCUAUCCUCAGGCUAGGUCAUCAAUAUCAGAGCGGUGGGGGUCCGACACCCUGCACCCCCCACCGCUCAGAUGUUUCGGGCAGUAGUCAGUGAGGGAAACUAUUCAGUUUAUGGAGAGGGAAGCACGACUCCAUGUAGUGGCCGUUCUGGGGUACUGCAGCUCCGCUCCCAUUCAGGAAGCACAGGAAACGAGAGUGUGUACGGAACCUACUGUAAACUGUAUC